UAUGAAAAGAAAAGGAAAAAAAAAAAAACAAGACGGUGCUGUGACAAUACGCAUUUCCUUAUCUCCCGUCAUCCCUCCCUUUCUGUUUCCCGGCUGGUUUUUCUCUCGCAGUAACUUCUGUACAUUUUCAUGGCGGCCAAUCCCUCCAAUGAGACUUUGCUCGACCAGCUGAGACACGGACUCGCCGAGUUCGAGUUCAUCUCCCCUCCUUUGCUUUCAAUUUCCAACUCCACCCCAUUUUUCAGAAACACCGCCCAUCGGUUCUUCGCUCGAAUCGGACCAUCUCCAGGAGGAGGUUCACCAGCCAUGAAGAAGCUCGAGCACUAUUCAGUUCAGAAAGUCACUGGUGAUGGACGAUGUCUUUUUCGGGCAUUGGUCAAAGGAAUGUCUCUGAACAAAGGGGUCACACUUGAUCCUAGGGAAGAGCGAGAAAAUGCAGAUGAACUACGGAUGGCUGUAAAAGAAGUUAUCUGUGAUAAUGAAAAUGAACGCUUUAAGUAUGAAGAGGCCUUGAUUGCAAUUACUGUUGAUGAGUCUUUGAAACGUUACUGCCAACGCAUUGGACGACCUGAUUUCUGGGGAGGAGAGUCAGAACUGCUGUUCUUUGCUCUUGGAAUAGAACAAAAGAAAGACCAAGAUCUUAAUGUUCCCUUCCCAUACAAAACCCCCAAAAGAAUUGUGUUGAUUCUUAAAUGCAGGUGCUGUCAAAGUUGUGUUGCCAGCCGAUCGCAGUAUACAUACCAGAACAUGAGCAUUCAAGAGGCGGACUGGGGUCUGGUUUUAUUCCCAUUGCAGAAUAUGGAAUUGAGUUCAGCAAGGGUUCAAGAAAAGGGAAGAAACCAAGGAAAGUGGUGAGGCUCUUGUACAGUGGGAAGAACCACUAUGAUCUACUUGUCUGAGAAUUAGUGCUUGGAGUCUAACGGGAGAGGAUACGGUGGUAACCUCCACAGUUUCAUCUAGAAUAGAAUUGGCGGAAUCAUCGGGUCGUAGACGAAGCACAUUCACAGAAGCAAGGAAUUGAUGCAAUUUUGCUUUCGAAGCAGGGUGACAGAAGUUGCAAAAUUCCCUGGGUGUUUUUUGGAUUGUUGUUGGACAAGCUCAAAGGAAAGGAAACUGGCUCCUUUUUCUCCAGCUUCUCUUCUCAAUGAUCAGCCAUAUUCAACUUGUUUGGAUUGGAUUAUAUUUUCCCAUGAGGUGCAAGAAAUAAGCUACACUAUUGAUGAAAUUGUGAGGUGCAUUUUUAGAGUAUCACAUGAGUUGUUUUCACAAUACCUU